AUGUAUAAAUCUAUUAAAUUCACAAACAAACAAAAUCCAAAAAAAAAUUUCUUUUUUAAUUAUCUUUUUGAAUUAAUUAAUUGGAUUAUACUAAAACAACAGUACUCGAAAUUGAUGGAUGAUAAUCAUGUAAAAAUUAAAAACUCUCUAAUUGGAAUUGAUCCAAAAGUAAUUGAUAAAAAUAAAAUAAACACUUAUAAUAAUAAAAGUAGUAGUAACAAUAUUCAAAAUAGUAAUAAUGCAAAAAACACAAUCACUACCACCAUUUCACCAAUAAUAAUUCAUGUCCAAAAAGAGAAGACUAUCAAUAAUAGUAAUAAUAAUGAAGAUGAUGAUGAAGAAGAAGAUGAAGAAGAAGAAGAAGAAGAAGAAGAAGAAGAAGAAGAAGAAGAAGAAGAAGAAGAAGAAGAAGAAGAAGAAGAAGAAGAAGAAGAAGAAGAUGAAGAAGAAGGAGAAGAUGAAGAUGAAGAUGAAGAAGAAGGAGAUGAAGAUGAUAAUAAUAAACAUAAAAAUAAUAAUGUCAGUGGGAAAAAAAGACCAAAUUUAGACUCUGAUUCAGAACCAAUGAUAGAAUUUAUUGAAAUUGUUGAAGUAGAUUCUGAAAGCAAUAAAAGAAGGAAAAUUGAUUCUAACAAACCAUGGUUUGAUCCAAUUAAAAUGGAGCAGUCUAUACUAACUCAGUUCAAUUUUUUUGAAAUUAUAUAUAGAAUGAAAAUCGAGUCAUUUGGUUUGAGAUUAGUAAAAGAGUUUGUUAGAUUUAUGAUUAUAAAAUGUUUAGAAAAAGAUAGAAGCCUUGGUGAAACUCCAACUAAAUUACAAGCAUCACCACUUAUUGAAUCAUUUUGGCAUUCAUUAAUUGUUGAUAUGGAGAAAUAUAAAAUUUUUCAAAAAUUAUUACCAAAAAGAUUUCAAUGCAAUCCAUCAAUUACAUUAGAUCCAAUAGAAGUUCAAAUGGAAAGAUUUCAAAAAACUUUACAACUUUAUGAUAAAUAUUUUCCAAAUUAUAAAAGAGAUGAUGAAAUGUGGGAUUUUAAAAAAAAGAAAUUAAUUUUAAUUUAA